AUGACAAACUACUUAAACGAUCCCGCCCUCUAUAUCUACACCUCCCUUACUGCCGGCUCUGCCCAUAUUGUCACGGCCACAUCACGUCUCGAGACCAUCCUACGCGCCAACCGCAUUCCCUUCAAAGCUGUCGAUAUCGCCGUCGACACAAAGGCCCGUCUGCUAUGGGGUCGAAGAGCCGGUAAAGAUGCAAACGGCCGCGCGAGGAAGCUCCCUGCCCUGAUCCAGGAGGGCUGGGUUGAUUAUGUCGAGAUCGAAGAAUGGAACGAACGCAGCGAGCUUAAGGAGCAGGUCAAGAUUUACUUUGACGAAUACACCAUCCCGUCGAUAAACGAUAAGCUUCCCGAUGACUCCUUAAUGCGACCAGUCUACCCCAUGCCCAACAAGAGCCCGGUCUCCCCUGCAGGAAUUGCCAUGAUGUCUGCCGUUGGCGCCGCCGCCGCCGCUGCGGCUGCUGCCUCUCCGAAACCCGUCCCUACCGCGCCUCCGUUGCCCGCGACCAAGACAGCAACAUCCGCAACACCAAAGGUGUCUACAGCACCCAAGGCAGAAGCAAAGGCCUUGCCUGUCCGAUCUGUCGCCGAUGAAGCUGCGGCGAAGGCUAAGGAGCUUCGCCUGAAGAGUCUACGAGAGAAGGUUCAUGGCAAGGAUGGAGAGAAAAAGAAGGAUGCCACAAGUACAAAGUCCACCGAGGAACCUAAAAAGUCUAUGGAAACUCCUAUUUCGAUAGACAGCAAGAUGGAUGGAAUUCAGUCGCCGACAUCUGGAUCAUGGGCCGAGACCGAUGCGGCACGAAAUGCUAUUCAGAGCCCAACAACCGGUACUUGGAAGGAAGGCCACUCAAGUUCAGACCCAUCCGCAAAGUCAUCCAGUAUUGAGGCGGGCCUAGAAGAGGCCAAGGCUACUGACGCCAAGACGGCGGUAAAGGAGGAGCCCGCGUUAGAGAAAAAGACGGAGAAGUCGGAGGAUGAAGAUUCAGACGACGACACUGAAUCCGACUCUGACGAAGAUGACGAGGAGGAGGAUAGCGAUGAGGACAGUGAUGAUGACGACGAUGAUAGUGAAGAUGAGGAAGAGGAAGAAGUCAACGAACCUGAAGCAGCUGCAUCAGUGGACAAGGCUGCAGAAGAGGUCAAAGAGGAGGUUAAAGAAAAAGACAAGGCGGAAGCCACGACAGAUGUCGAGAUAGAGGCCAGAAAGGAGUCAAAGAAGGACCCAAAGAAGGAUUCCAAGAAGGAUGGCAAGAAAGACUCCAAGAAAGACGCCAAGACAGCUUCGAAGAAGAGCAGCAAGGAUCCCAAGAAAGAGUCCAAGAAGAGCUCCAAGGACAUAAAGAAGGAGGCCAAGAAAGAUACCAAAGACACCAAGAAAGAGGUGAAGAAGGACUCUAAAAAGGAUUCGAAGAAGGAUUCCAAAAAAGAGCCCAAGAAGGAAUCUAAGAAAUAG